CAUCACAUACAUAUCUCGAUCGUCCUCUUCCCUUGCCUCCUACGAAAUAAAUCCACGAAAAUGACAUUGAGCAUAAAAAAUUAACAGAAAAAGCAGAUCUAUUCUAUUCUAUUACAUCCCAUACCUCGAUCUCACUCUGGCAGAUUAUUUGAUUGGGAUUACUAGCAGUUGGAGGAUAGAUCUGCUCUAAUAAUUCAUGGCUGCUACUGUUAGUUGGGCUUAUUCUUCCACCACAAAUUCUACUAAUGAUCUGGACAGAAAUGGAGAUAUUAGACCUCAUGAUACAGAACCUGCAACUCCACAUUCCCUUAUAAAGAUAGGCUCCAGAGGGGGCAGUAACAUGGAGGAUCCUGACGGGACAUUAGCAAGUGUUGCUCAAUGCAUUGAGAAGUUGAGGCAAAGUUCAUUAUCUGCACAAGACAAAGAAUUUAACUUGAAGCAGCUAUUAGAUCUGAUAGAUACACGUGGAAAUGCAUUUAGUGCUGUCGGUUCUCAUUCUCAGGCAGUUCCUGUAUUAGUAUCUCUCCUAAGAUCAGGCUCACUUGGAGUAAAGAUGCAAGCAGCUACUGUUUUAGGCUCAUUGUGCAAGGAGAAUGAACUACGAGUCAAAGUAUUGCUUGGGGGUUGCAUUCCUCCGCUUCUCGGUCUUCUGAAGUCAAGUUCAGUGGAAGGAAGAAUCGCAGCUGCAAAGACCAUUUAUGCUGUUUCCCAAGGAGGAGCCAAAGAUCAUGUCGGCUCCAAAAUCUUUUCCACUGAAGGGGUUGUGCCGGUUUUGUGGAAGCAGCUAGAAAAGGGGCUUAAGGGUGGACAUUUAGUUGAUGAUUUGUUGACCGGUGCACUAAGAAACCUUUGCAGCAGCACUGAGGGGUUUUGGUCAGCAACAAUCCAAGCUGGAGGAGAAGAUAUACUUGUAAAGCUGCUUACAGCCGAGCAAUCUAGUACUCAAGCAAAUGUUUGCUUUUUGUUGGCAUGCAUGAUGAUGGAGGAUCCAUCUGUUUGCUCUAGGAUAGUAGAUGCCGAUGCUACAAAACUACUUCUUAAGCUAUUGGGGCCUGGUAAUGAGGCUCCCGUAAGAGCACAAGCAGCAGCUGCUCUGAAAUCCCUUUCAGCUAAGUGCAAAGAAGCAAGGAAGGAGAUUGCUAGUUCUAAUGGCAUUCCUUCUCUCAUCAAUGCUACAAUAGCCCCUUCCAAGGAGUUUAUGCAAGGUGAGCAUGCACAAGCUCUACAAGAAAAUGCAAUGUGUGCUCUUGCAAAUAUCUCUGGCGGUUUGUCGUGUGUCAUUUCAAGCCUAGGUCAAAGCCUUGAAUCAUGCAAUUCACCUGCACAGAUAGCGGAUACAUUAGGAGCUUUAGCCUCUGCUCUAAUGAUAUAUGAUAUUAAAGCAGAAUCUAGUAAAGCAUCGGAUCCUACGGAUGUUGAGUUGACAUUAAUUAAGCAGUUUAAGCCUAAGUUGCCAUUUCUGGUUCAGGAACGCACCAUAGAAGCUCUUGCAAGUUUGUAUGGAAAUACUAUACUCUCAAGCAAACUUGCCAAUUCUGAUUCGAAGCGUUUGUUGGUUGGUUUGAUCACGAUGGCAACCAAUGAAGUUCAAGAUGAGUUGAUAAGAUCACUACUGGUACUCUGUAAAAAUGAAGGCAGUUUGUGGUAUGCUCUUCAGGGUCGAGAGGGUAUUCAAAUGUUGAUUUCUCUCCUUGGACUUUCAUCUGAGCAGCAACAGGAGUGUGCUGUUGCAUUACUUUCCCUUUUGUCAAAUGAGAACGAUGACAGCAAAUGGGCUAUCACUGCUGCUGGUGGCAUACCUCCACUUGUUCAAAUUCUUGAAACCGGAUCUCCAAAAGCAAAGGAAGAUUCUGCAACCAUUCUUGGUAACCUAUGUAAUCAUAGUGAAGAUAUACGUGAAUGUGUUGAGAGUGCUGAUGCUGUUCCUGCUUUGUUGUGGCUACUGAAGAACGGAAGCUCUAACGGGAAAGAGAUUGCAGCAAAGACUUUAAACCACUUGAUUCACAAAUCAGACACAGCAACUAUAAGUCAACUUACUGCAUUGCUAACCAGUGAACUUCCUGAAUCCAAGGUUUAUGUCUUAGAUGCUUUGAAAAGUCUGCUUUCUGCAGCUCCGCUUAUUGAUUUAAUGCGUGAAGGAAGUGCUGCAAAUGAUGCAAUUGAAACAAUCAUCAAGAUUUUAAGCUCUACAAAAGAAGAGACACGUGCCAAGUCAGCAUCUGCUCUUGGUGGCAUCUUUAAUGUACGAAAGGACUUGCGUGAAAGCAACAUUGCUGUCAAGUCUCUUUGGUCCGUGAUGAAGCUUUUAAACUCUGAGUCUGACUGCAUAUUGGCAGAGUCUUCUGGAUGUCUUGCUGCAAUAUUUUUAUCUAUACGAGAAAAUCGUGAGCUGUCUGCGAUUGCUAGAGAUGCACUGACUCCAUUGCUCACACUCGCAAGCUCUCCAGUUUUGCAAGUAGCAGAAAAAGCUCUAUGUGCAUUAGCAAACCUAUUGUUGGACUCUGAGGUUUCAGAGAAGGCUGUUUUGGAGGAGUUUAUUUUGCCUGCUACUCGAGUUCUGAAAGAAGGCGACAUCACAGGAAGGACCCAUGCAGCAGCUGCAAUUGCUCGUCUACUUGAAUCACUUCAUACAGAUUCUACCUUAACGGACUAUGUAAAUCGCACUGGAACUGUCCUUGCACUGGUAUCCUUCAUUAAAUCCACUGAUUGCGGAUCUGUUGCCAUGUCAGAGGCACUAAACGCACUUGCUAUUUUGUCAAGAUUGAAAGGAUCACCAGGGCACAUCAAACCUGCAUGGGCAGUGUUAACUGAAUAUCCAGAUAGCAUAAGCCCAAUAGUUUCAUGCCUUCCUGGUGUGACUCCUCUCUUACAGGAUAAGGCAAUAGAAAUAUUGUCACGGCUUUGCCAUGAGCAAUCUGUUGCUGUAGGAAAUGCAAUCACCAGUGUUUCUGGUUGUAUUUCAUCUAUUGCAAGUAGGGUGAUCCAUUCGUCGAAUGCAAGUUUAAAAAUUGGCGGAACUGCGCUUCUUGUUUGUGCCACGAAAGUAAAUAUGCAAAGAGUGGUGGAGGAUCUCCAUGGACUACAAUUGCAUACCCGUCUAAUCCAAUCCCUUAUCUUAAUGCUAAGUUUGCCAAAAAGUUCUCAUAUGGGAGACAUAGAGGAUAAAGAUUUUAUUAGUAUCUACAGAGGUUCUCAAGAAGCAACGGAACGCGAAAAAGAAGCCAGUACAUCAGUUAUAUAUGGUUCGAAUCUCUCUAUAUGGCUACUAUCUGCUAUCGCUAGUUAUGAUGACAAAAGUAAAGCUGAAAUUGUGGAUGCUGGAGCAGUAGAAGUUGUCACUGAGAAAAUCUCUCAGGUUUUAUCACAGUAUGGUCAGUUUGAUGUUAAUGAAGAUAGUAGCAUCUGGAUAUGUGCACUACUACUUGCAAUUUUGUUUCAAGAUAGGGAUAUCAUACGUGCAAACUCCACAAUAAAAGCAAUACCAACCCUUGCUAGUCUAUUAAGGUCAGAAGAGUCGGCCAAUAGAUAUUUUGCUGCACAAGCUACAGCGAGUCUAGUCUGCAACGGAAGCAGGGGAACUCUUUUGUCUGUUGCCAACUCAGGGGUUUCAGUUGGUCUCAUAUCGUUGCUUGGGUGUGCUGAUGCUGAUAUACAUGAUCUUCUAGAAUUAUCAGAAGAAUUUUCAUUGGUUCCUUAUCCGGAGCAGGUUGCACUCGAGAGGUUGUUCAGAGUUGAUGAUAUUAGGGUUGGUGCAGCUGCUAGAAAGGCGAUACCAGCUCUUGUUGAUCUACUCAAACCAAUUCCUGAUCGUCCAGGGGCACCUUUUCUGGCACUUGGGCUUCUAAUUCAGCUUGGAAAUGACUGCCUUUCAAAUAUGACUGUGAUGGUUGAGUCUGGUGCUAUAGAAGCGUUAACAAAGUAUCUUUCUCUUGGCCCGCAAGAAGCCACUGAGGAAGCUGCUACUGACUUACUUGCAAUCCUAUUUAGCACAGCUGAAAUACGUAGACAUGAGUCAGCAUUUGGUGCUGUGAGUCAGCUUAUAGCUGUCUUACGUAUGGGUGGAAGGGGUGCAAGGUAUAGCGCUGCUAAAGCACUUGAGAAUCUGUUUUGUUCUGAUCACAUUAGAAAUGCUGAUUUUGCAAGGCAAGCUGUUCAGCCAUUGGUGGAAGUUUUAAACACUGGGUUGGAAAAAGAGCAGCAUGCUGCUAUUGCUGCGUUAGUUAGACUAUUGAGUGAUAACCCAUCAGGAGCACUUGCUGUUGCAGAUGUUGAAAUGAAUGCAGUAGAUGUUCUCUGUAGGGUUCUUUCAUCACAUUGUUCAAUUGACUUGAAAGGGGAUGCUGCCGAGUUGUGUUGUGUACUUUUUGGCAAUACAAGAAUCCGAUCGACAAUCGCUGCUGCUCGCUGUGUCGAGCCUUUGAUCUCCCUGCUUGUAUCUGAGGCAAGUCCAGCUCAGCAUUCGGUUGUUCGUGCAUUGGAUAGACUUGUAGACGAUGAAAGUUUGGCUGAGUUGGUUGCUGCACAUGGCGCAAUAAUUCCUCUUGUAGGCCUUCUCUAUGGCAGGAAUUACAUGCUUCAUGAAGCAAGUUCCAGAGCUCUUGUUAAGCUGGGGAAAGAUAGGCCUUCUUGUAAGAUGGAAAUGGUAAGAGCUGGUGUGAUUGAGAGUGUACUUGAUAUCCUCCAUGAAGCACCUGAUUUUCUAUGUGCUGCUUUUGCAGAAUUGCUUCGAAUAUUAACAAACAAUGCAACUAUAGCAAAAGGUCCAUCUGCAGCAAAGGUUGUCGAACCCCUCUUCUCGUUGCUAACUAAACCAGAGUUUGGAGCUGAUGGGCAGCAUAGUGCUUUGCAAGUUCUAGUAAAUAUCUUGGAGCAUCCACAGUGUCGUGCUGACUAUACUUUAACUUCUCACCAAGCCAUUGAACCACUUAUUCCUUUACUAGAUUCUCCUGCUCCAGCAGUGCAGCAAUUAUCAGCCGAGCUUUUAUCUCAUCUGCUUUUAGAAGAACAUUACCAAAAGGAUCCCAUUUCACAGCAAGUAAUUGGCCCCUUAAUGCGUGUUCUUGGUUCUGGAGUCCCCAUUUUGCAGCAACGAGCUGUGAAGGCUCUUGUUAGCAUUGCAGUAUCCUGGCCUAAUGAAAUUGCUAAAGAGGGUGGUGUAGCUGAACUGUCUAAAGUCAUACUACUAUCUGAUCCCACUCUUCCUCACACAUUGUGGGAAUCUUCAGCUGCUGUUUUAUCUUGUAUUCUGCAGUUCAGUUCCGAGUUUUAUUUGGAAGUACCUAUUGCUGUCCUGGUACGCUUGCUACGUUCAGGCUCUGAAGGUACUGUAGUUGGUGCGUUAAAUGCUCUUCUUGUUUUGGAAAGUGAUGAUUCCAGCAGUGCUGUAGCAAUGGCUGAAAGUGGUGCAAUAGAGGCUCUUUUGGAACUCCUCAGAUGCCAUCAAUGUGAGGAAACUGCUGCAAGGCUGUUGGAAGUACUAUUAAACAACGUCAAGAUCAGAGAAACAAAAGUAACCAAAUCAGCUAUCUUACCACUGUCUCAAUACCUCUUGGACCCACAAACUCAAGCUCAACAGGCUAGAUUGUUGGCAACUCUUGCUCUUGGGGAUUUAUUUCAGAAUGAGACUCUUGCUCGAUCUGCUGAUGCUGCUGCAGCCUGUCGUGCUUUGGUGAAUUUGCUUGAGGACCAGCCAUCAGAAGAAAUGAAAGUUGUAGCUAUAUGUGCUUUGCAGAAUCUUGUGAUGUAUAGUCGAUCAAAUAAAAGAGCAGUUGCAGAAGCUGGCGGUGUCCAAAUUGUUCUUGAUUUAAUUGGUUCAAGUGAUACUGAUACAUCAGUCCAGGCUGCAAUGUUUAUUAAGCUUCUUUUUUCUAAUAAUACCAUUCAAGAGUAUGCCUCCAGUGAGACUGUCAGAGCUAUAACCGCGGCCAUUGAAAAGGAUUUGUGGGCCACUGGAACAGUGAACGAGGAAUAUUUGAAAGCUCUAAAUGCUCUUUUUGGAAACUUCCCACGGUUGAGAGCUGCUGAACCUGCAACCUUAAGCAUCCCACACUUGGUGACAUCUCUCAAGACUGGGUCAGAAGCAACUCAAGAAGCUGCAUUAGAUGCCUUGUUUUUUCUUAGGCAAGCUUGGUCUGCUUGCCCUGCUGACGUCUCCAGGGCGCAAUCAAAUGCUGCUGCAGAUGCAAUACCCCUGUUACAGUACUUGAUCCAAUCAGGUCCACCUCGUUUUCAAGAAAAGGCUGAAUUUUUGUUGCAGUGUUUACCUGGUACGUUAACAGUAAUUAUCAAACGGGGAAACAAUAUGAAACAAUCCGUGGGGAAUCCAAGUGCCUAUUGCAAGCUUACACUCGGCAACACACCUUCGAGGCAAACUAAGGUUGUUGCUACUGGUCCCAAUCCUGAAUGGGAUGAAAGCUUUGUUUGGUCCUUUGAAAGUCCUCCAAAAGGACAGAAGCUACAUAUCUCUUGCAAAAAUAAAAGCAAGAUGGGGAAGAGUUCUUUUGGUAAAGUAACGAUACAGAUUGACCGAGUCGUGAUGCUUGGGGCAGUGGCCGGUGAAUACACUUUACUUCCGGAAAGCAAAAGUGGUGCGUCAAGGAAUCUCGAAAUAGAAUUCCAGUGGUCAAACAAGUGACAUUUCGUUGAGUCAAUUUGUAUAUAAUUUUUUUGAAAGAUUUGUGCUUGUUCUGCUGUAGAUUUCAAAGUAUAGUGUUUGAGAACAACCAUUUAAUUGUGUUAUAACGUAGUUCGCUACAUUUAUUUGUUAAUUGGUUACAAGAUGUGUGGUUGUUAGCUCAAACUGAUGUAAUGACUCUUCCCCUCAAUGAAAGUUUUGUUUUUUACA